UGUGGAUUCGCUAUGGUUUAUGACUCACCCUUCUCAGAAAUGGGACUUUGCCAGCUCUGUUGGAAGGAAGGGGUUGGUGAGGCUCAAGCUUGGUAGGAGACGAACGACGAGGUCCUUCCAGAAUAUCCCUGGGUUUCGACACCCAAGACCUGACCAGUAUUUUUUUAAACGCGGAACAGCAGCAGUGUGAGCCGGAGGCAUAAGAUGUGUCGGGUUUUAAUCCUAAACAUUCAGUCAUUUUCUAAGUGUGCUAGAGAAUGCAAUGCAAGAAACAGUAAUUCUUCAUCCCUUCCUGUUCUUUCUUUUCCCGAGCACCGGGAAGCACAACUGCUUAGCAGUGUAAGAUGGGACGUCAUCGUGCUAUCGAGAUACCCAUCUUCUGAAGGUCUAUGGCUCCCGAUGUAGGAAAUGGACUUUUCCCCCCUAAAAUCACAUGACAUUUUUGCAGGUUUGGUAAUUUCUGGAUGCAAAGAAUGGAAUAACCCACAAGAGCUGGCGUUCAGUGUUUGUUAAUGCUGAGGAGCAGCACUAUAGCCCCUUAAAAUCCCUGCACACAGCCCUAAUUUCUGUAGAUUGCUGCAAUCUUUUCAGAUUUAGUACCUCAAGACAAACUCUUAUGUGGAUUCCAGAUUCUUUUUUUUCCAGUUUGCUGAGUGGAAGAAUUUCAACACUUCGAGAUGAAACUGGUGCUAUAUUUAUUGAUCGAGAUCCAGCAGCAUUUGCACCCAUUUUAAAUUUUCUUCGGACAAAAGAACUAGACUUACGGGGAGUAAGUAUUAAUGUUCUCAGACAUGAAGCAGAAUUUUAUGGAAUCACUCCACUAGUAAGAAGGCUUCUCCUGUGUGAAGAAUUGGAGCGCUCAUCUUGCGGCAGUGUCCUUUUUCAUGGUUAUUUGCCUCCACCAGGUAUUCCCAGUCGUAAAAUAAACAACACAACUAGGUCCUCUGCUGGCUCUAGGAAUGGACUAAAUUCUACAGAAGGUGAAGCUCGGGGAAAUGGAGCCCAGCCUGCUGUCUCUGGAACCGGGGAAGAGACUGUUCGGCUAGGAUUUCCUGUGGAUCCCCGAAAGGUUCUCAUAGUAGCUGGCCAUCACAACUGGAUUGUAGCUGCAUAUGCCCAUUUUGCUGUGUGUUACAGAAUUAAAGAAUCUUCAGGAUGGCAACAAGUGUUUACAAGCCCAUAUUUGGAUUGGACUAUUGAGCGAGUAGCUUUAAAUGCAAAAGUAGUUGGAGGUCCGCAUGGAGACAAAGACAAAAUGGUUGCUGUUGCUUCAGAGAGUAGCAUCAUCUUAUGGAGCGUCCAAGAUGGAGGGAGCGGAAGUGAAAUUGGAGUGUUCAGCCUUGGCGUUCCUGUAGAUGCUCUCUUCUUUAUCGGUAACCAGUUGGUGGCUACGAGCCAUACGGGGAAAGUGGGAGUGUGGAAUGCUGUCACUCAGCACUGGCAGGUUCAAGAUGUUGUUCCUAUAACAAGUUACGACACUGCUGGUUCAUUCCUUCUACUGGGCUGUAACAAUGGAUCAAUAUAUUACAUAGAUAUGCAGAAGUUUCCUUUGCGAAUGAAGGACAAUGAUCUUCUUGUAACUGAGCUUUAUCACGAUCCUUCCAAUGAUGCCAUCACUGCGCUCAGUGUUUACCUCACACCCAAAACAAGUGUCUCUGGUAACUGGAUUGAGAUUGCCUAUGGUACGAGCUCUGGAGCAGUGCGAGUGAUCGUGCAGCACCCCGAGACCGUGGGAUCAGGCCCGCAGCUUUUUCAGACUUUCACAGUUCACCGAAGUCCUGUUACAAAAAUCAUGCUGUCCGAGAAGCACCUUGUAUCAGUGUGUGCAGAUAAUAAUCACGUCCGGACAUGGACAGUAACACGAUUCAGAGGAAUGAUCUCUACUCAGCCAGGUUCUACUCCUUUAGCAUCAUUCAAGAUAUUGUCUCUGGAGGAGACAGAAAGUCAUGGAAGCUAUUCCUCUGGAAAUGACAUAGGGCCUUUCGGAGAGCGAGAUGAUCAACAGGUGUUUAUCCAGAAAGUUGUUCCCAUUACCAACAAACUGUUCGUAAGACUCUCAUCUACUGGGAAAAGAAUCUGUGAGAUCCAGGCUGUUGACUGUACAACAAUAUCCUCAUUUACAGUGAGAGAAUGUGAGGGGUCCAGUAGGAUGGGCUCCCGGCCAAGGCGCUACUUGUUCACAGGCCAUACAAAUGGCAGCAUUCAGAUGUGGGAUCUGACCACUGCUAUGGAUAUGGUUAACAAAAGUGAAGAUAAGGAUGUAGGUGGUCCAACUGAAGAAGAGCUGCUCAAGUUACUGGAUCAGUGUGAUCUGAGCACAUCUCGCUGUGCUACUCCUAACAUCAGUCCAGCAACUUCUGUGGUUCAACACAGCCGUCUCCGUGAAUCAAAUUCUAGCCUCCAGCUCCAGCACCAUGAAGCCACCCAUGAAGCAGCGACAUACGGUUCCAUGAGGCCUUACAGAGAGAGCCCUUUAUUAGCAAGAGCGAGGAGAACUGAGAGCUUUCACAGUUACAGGGACUUCCAGACUGGUAAUGUGAACAGAAAUGUAGAAAGAGCUGUCCCUGAAAAUGGUAACUCUGGGCCAAUACAAGCAGAAGUAAAGCGGGCAACAGGGGACUGUAAUGUGUCAGAGAGAAAGUCUCCUGGAACAGAAAUGAAAAGUUUGAGAGAAUCAGAUGGUGGAUUGGAAGUGCAUAAAAUAGCUGAAGGUCUAGAAUCCAAGAAAAGGUCCUCAGAAGAAGAAAAUGAAAAUAAAGCGGAGUUGCGGAAGAAAGGGGGAUUUGAAGGAGGAGGAUUCCUGGGAAGAAAGAAAGUUCCCUACCUGGCGUCAUCACCGAGUACUUCUGACGGAGGGACGGACUCACCCGGUACUGCAUCCCCAUCUCCUACGAAGACCACUCCAUCUCCUCGGCAUAAAAAAAGCGAUUCUUCAGGUCAAGAGUACAGUUUGUGAAAACUCACCAAAAUAAUAAAUAAUUGUUUGUUAAUUUAGAUGAAAGUUCAUAACUUUACUGGAUUUCAGUACAUUAGCUUUUACACCAAAACUUGACAAAUUUAAACUGGAGUUCAUGGAGUCUCUUUUUAACAGAAUUGCCUGGAGUAAGGAGAGAAAACAAUUUUAUCUCUUUUGACCUUUUGGAAAGUUUUUGAUUCUUUUUUUUUUCUUACAAGUGCAUUUAACAGAUCAUUUGUAAAGCAAGAGUCCAUUUCAGUGUUUAGCUACUCUGGAUUUUGGAAGCAAAGUACCAAGUCUUAAUAAGAUGAGCGUCUUUAAAGGCAUAGGGACCAACAGAUUGUGUUCCUAAUCUUGGUUAUGCUUGAGAUUUGUCUCGCAUUGUUAUGUUAAGUGAAUCACAUUAAAUCUCUUUGGAUAGUCUCCCAACACUUCUUAUGAUUGCCACGUGUUUACCAGGUAAUUUAAUGAGGUGCUAUGUUUGUGAAAAAAUACCGAAUUCAAAAACACUAUUGAUGUUGAACAGCAGAUUACACUGUGUAGUAAGCAGUCCCUUUGGUGUUUUUUUCAAAUCUUCGGUCAUUUUCUGAUUCUCAUUCUUGGAGUUCUUAAAUCUUAGCAAGUGUCACCAACAUUAAAUACUCAAAGUCCAUUUAAACUUUCUUUAAGGUUGGAGUAAUUGUCUGUGUUUGAACAGAUGAAAUAAAAAUAAUAAUCAAGGCUAGAGCUUUGAGUGUCCAGAAGGAAAACUGUACUAAUUGUCUGUCUUGUUUUAUUUAGGGGCCACCAUGCCCACCCCGCCCCCCGCUGCCGUUAAUAACGAAGAUUAUUAAGUAUGAAUGUGGCCAUUUUGUUAAGUUUUUGAGACUGCAGUUCUCAACUUUUGGUUAAAGGUUUUGGCUGCUGUACAAAUGUUAUUUUAAGAUAUAUUUCGAAUUGUGACAACAAACAUUUUUUGUACUUUUUUUUCAUUGGAAUAAUUUUCAAGUUUCUGCAAAUAGGACAACUGUAAAUUUAAAGCAUUAAGCAUUUAUUGGUGGAUAAUGUAUAUAUUCCCCUUCCAAGAAAUGUAAGUGAGUGAAAUUGAAAUAAAUUCUUUAAAAGUUUACUAUA